CAUCGAAACUUCGAAAGUUAUUGCAUUGUUUUGAAAUAACUUCAUGAACGAAAAAACUAUUUGUUUAAACGUUCUAUAUGAUAUAUCAAUAAAUAAUUUAUAGUUUGAUGUUCUAUAAUUACGUUUCUUUACAAAAAUGUCUGACGGUCAAUUCAGUGACUAUGAAGAAGAUAUUAUAUCAAAGACUGUUAAAACAGUACGGUUCGCAGAGGAACCAGAAAUUAAGCAAAUAAGUAGUGAAGAUGAUAAAGAUGAACUUGACUCUGACGAUUAUUUCUAUGAUUCGGACGAUGAUACAAAUGACACGAAGAAGAGGGAUCAUUUUAAUCAACAAAAUCCAAGUACAAAAGUUAUAUCAUACCAGCCCAGUGAAAAACUUUUCAAAAAAUAUGUCAAUAAAAUAAAUGUGGAUAAAUAUGAGCCAAUGAAUGAACGCACUCAAAAGUUCAUGGAACUUAACGAUCGAAAAUACGACAACGAUCGAGUAAGAAUAAAAGACAAACAUGACAGAGCAACUGCCGAACAGGUCAUGGAUCCUCGGACAAAAAUGAUUUUAUUUAAACUGCUCAAUAGAGGUAUUAUAAACGAAAUUAAUGGAUGCAUUUCUACAGGCAAAGAGGCUAAUGUCUACCAUGCAACUUCAAAAGAUGGUAGAGAUUUUGCUGUUAAAAUUUUUAAAACAUCUAUAUUAGUAUUUAAAGAUAGAGAUAAGUAUGUAUCUGGAGAAUAUCGCUUCAGGAAUGGAUAUUGCAGGUCGAAUCCUCGUAAAAUGGUAAAAACUUGGGCAGAAAAAGAAAUGAGGAACCUUGUGAGGCUGUACAAUGCAAAAUUGAAUGUACCAGAACCAAUUAUUUUAAGGAGCCAUGUAUUAGUUAUGACAUUCAUGGGUGAAAAUGGCUGGCCAUCACCUAAAUUGAAAGAUGUAGAAAUAUCACAGUCAACAGCACGGUCUUUAUACCGGGAAUGCAUCACAAUGAUGUGGAAAAUGUUUAAUAUUUGUAAAUUGGUUCAUGCCGACUUAUCAGAAUUUAAUUUGCUUUACCAUAAUGGUAAUGUUGUUGUUAUAGAUGUAUCACAAUCAGUGGAACAUGAUCAUCCCCACGCCUUUGAAUUUUUGAGAAAAGAUUGUACUAAUAUUUCUGACUUCUUUAGGAAAAAGGGUGUAGCAACAUUGACUGUGAAGGAAUUGUUCGAUUUUAUAACAGAUACAUCUAUUAAUGAAAAUAAUUUAGAGGAAUGCCUAGAAAAACUUUCAGAGAAAGUAGCAUCGAGAGAUUUUGAAGAAAUGACAGCUCAAGAACAAAUCGAAGAAGAGGCAUUUAAAAAUGUUUAUAUUCCAAAAAGGCUAACUGAGGUAAUCAAUUAUGAAAGGGAUAUUACCAAAGCAAAGAAAGGAGAAACAGCUGACUUAAUAUACAAGAAAAUAGCAGGUUUCAAUGAAGAUUUUACUGGAACUGUGAACAAACCAGAUAUUUUGCAAGAUGAUGAAUUAUCUGGUACUGGUUCAGAAUAUAGUUCAGAUGAUGAUGACAAUGAUGAAGACGAUGAUGAUGCUAAAACGAAAUUCAAAAACAGCGCUCGACCAAGGGACGAGUCACCAAACAGUAAGAAAGCAAGAAAGAAGGCUGUUAAAGAAGAGAAGGCUGAGAAAAGAAAAACUAAAACCAAGAAACACAUUAAAAAGAAAAGGGACAAAGGUGCUUGUAAGAAAUAACGAAAAUAUUGCAAUAUAUAUGUAUAUGAAUAAAAAUAUCUACAAAUCAAUAGUCUUCCUAACUGGUAACAUACAUUUGUUUUAACUCAUGUCCGGCCGCUGAGAGAAUGAUUUUCUAACACACAAUUGUCAGUGUGAUCUAAUGGAUGGCGUAACUUUGAAAACAAAGGAUAUCAUUGAAAGCUAUAUAAUUAUGUCAACAUACAAUAUAUGUUUUGGUUUUGCAAUAAAUUUAAUUUUAAUGAAAUAAGAAAACAAUUAUAUAUUUUUUAGAUCCAUUGCUGGAUUACAAGAUUAUAUCAACUGUUGAUUUUUGUAAUGUAUCACUCCUGUGUCAUGAAUCGUAACAAAUAGACAGACACGCAAAAAACCAUUAUUUUUCAACUUUACAUCAGCAAUGAACCUCAGUCAGUCAAAUUAAUAAUUGAUCGUAUAUAGAUAAAUGUGAAGUAUGUACCUUUAUAAUUUAUCAUCAUUACAUAGUAUAAAACAAAGUCGCUUACCGCUGUCUGUCCCUGUGUAUG